GCCACUGCGCGUGCGCAGGCGGACACCUAGGCGGAAAUGGCCCGCGGGCGCCGGGGAUGCGAGCAGCUUGUGAGGAGGCGGCGGCCGCAGUGGAAAGUGCAGGCGUAGGCCAGGAGGAGAAGCAGGAGGACUUGUCUCCUCCGGCAAAAGAAAGACUGAACAAAGGAGAGGAAACCAACAAAGAAAACUUUGGAAGCACUGAAUGUGGCAAAAUAAGAACAAUGGAUCUCAAGUUCAACAACUCCAGGAAAUAUGUUUCCAUCACCGUCCCAUCCAAAACCCAAGCAAUGUCACCACACAUCAAGUCAAUAGAUGACAUUGUAGUACUUGGCAUAAAUCUCAGCAGAUUUAACAAACUUACUCAGUUUUUCAUAUGUGUUGCUGGAGUUUUUGUAUUUUACCUUAUUUAUGGAUAUUUACAGGAAUUAAUAUUUUCAUUGGAGGGUUUUAAGCUCUAUGGCUGGUACCUUACUUUAGUGCAAUUUGCAUUUUACUCCAUAUUUGGCCUAAUAGAACUUCAGCUUAUUCAGGACAAAAGGAGAAGAAUACCAGGAAAAACCUACACGAUAAUAGCUUUUCUAACUGUGGGUACUAUGGGGUUGUCAAACACUUCCUUGGGCUACCUGAAUUACCCUACCCAAGUCAUCUUCAAGUGCUGCAAAUUGAUUCCUGUUAUGCUAGGAGGAGUUUUUAUUCAAGGAAAGCGUUACAAUGUUGUGGACGUGUCUGCUGCCCUGUGUAUGAGCCUCGGCCUGAUAUGGUUUACCCUGGCUGACAGCACGGUUGCCCCUAACUUCAACCUGACAGGUGUGAUGCUCAUUUCCCUGGCACUGUGUGCAGAUGCUGUCAUUGGAAAUGUCCAAGAAAAAGCUAUGAAACUGCAUAACGCUUCUAAUUCGGAAAUGGUUUUGUAUUCGUAUUCCAUCGGUUUUGUGUACAUUCUGUUGGGACUGACCUGCACUAGCGGACUAGGCCCCGCAGUGACAUUUUGUUCAAAGAACCCAGUUCGGACCUAUGGUUACGCUUUCCUUUUCUCCCUCACUGGGUAUUUUGGAAUCUCCUUUGUUCUGGCUUUGAUUAAAAUCUUUGGCGCACUCCUUGCGGUAACAGUGACAACGGGAAGAAAAGCAAUGACCAUUGUCCUUUCCUUUAUGUUCUUUGCCAAACCAUUCACAUUUCAGUAUGUAUGGUCUGGUUUAUUAGUUGUCCUUGGUAUAUUUCUCAACGUUUAUAGCAAAAAUAUGGAUAAAAUAAGACUGCCAUCAGUAUAUGAUCUGAUAAACAAAGCAAUGGAAGUGAGAAAGUCAAGGACGUUGGCACAAACUGUAUAGGCGGUGCUUCGCCCUUUAAAACAGAACUCUAAGGGAACAAUCAUCAAUUAAUUAACUUUCCAAAGGGACUGUUAUAAAAGCCAGAGGAUCCGAAGGCGUGCUGUUCAUUUGUGGUUGGGUUACGUGUGAAGUCAGCCUUUCUUCAGAACCCUUGUUUGAAUGUUUGACUUCAGAAGCCAUCAAGAGUCAGUCAGCCAGGCACAGCCUAGAAUAAGACGUCAGUGUGAAGGACUCUAAGCUUGGCCGUCUGUUGAGAAGUUCACCGGACGUGGACCGUGUUGGAAGACUGACGGGAUGCCAGUAUGACGUAUCAAAGAAAUUGAUACGUAAAACCAGAUGGUUUUUUUCAUUCCGUUUUGGUGGUGUUAUUUAAACUGAUUCUCUGUUAUAAGAGUGAACUGAUGAUUUGAAGUCCAGAGGGAAUAACUUCAUUAUAAAUAAAAAUUAUCCUGUGAUUUUUUUAAAAUAA